AGAUGAUAAUAAUAAAUUUCAAGUCUUAAUAGACUAAGAGGAAGAAGGCAGCAAUGCCUCAGUUGAAGAAUUGGCGGCAGCUCAGGUCGCAAGUGAAGGAGGCACUUCGGUGCAUAGUUAUAUAAUAUGUCGAUCACAAACCUUAGGUAGACAAGUAGUCGAGCCUCAACAAAGCUCGACAAAAAGAUGCCUCAAGUUAUACUCGCAAGCCAAGGAACAGAUAUUUUCAUUCUCAAGUGUAUCUAAAGAAUCAGCCAAUAAGAAAAAGAUAGUACAAGAAGGGCUAGAGAAAAUGACUGAGGCAUUUACAGAAAUAUUCUCACAGUUGAAAGUAAAAGAAAAUGAGGAUAAGGUAGUUGAUAUCCUAAACGAUAUAAAGGUGAAAAUUAAUGAUAUAAAUGUGAUACAGAACCAAAAUAUAAGCAAUAAAAAUAGUUAUGCAACGGUGGCAUCAACUCCCUCAAGCACAACCAAAAUACCUUUGGGCAAAGGCAACACGACGAUCCCUUCAAAGGACCAAGUUAUUUUGAUAUAUCCAAAGAAAGAUAAUAAUAAUAUCAAGAGUAGUGAGGAAACAUUAAAAAUUCCUAAGAAAUUGAGAACAGUUGAUGUUGGCGUUAAACCUGAAAAACUUCUACCUAUAAGUAAAAACGGGGUGAAAAUAAACACAUCACUGGCCCAAGUGAAUGAGCAUGCACUAAAUGCGGCAGGCUUGACAGCAGAAAAGCCAGAAAAAUUUAAGCCUAGAUUGGCAAUAAUGGGGGUCCCUGCAGAAUGGACAGCAGAAAUAGUUGGCUCAAAAAUAAAUGAAGAUCUGGAAUUAGAUCCAGAGGAUACAACUAGGGUCAAAGCACUAUUUAAAUAUGGCAGACGAAAUGAGACCACAGUUACUUGGGUAAUAGAGUGCAAUUAUAAAAUACGAGAUAUAAUACUUAAAAGAGGUGAACUGUUUUAUGAUUGGAACGCCUGCAAUGUGAGAGAUCACAUUAGAUUGCUAACGUGUUAUAACUGCCAAAACUAUGGUCAUAUGGCUGCAAAUUGUAGAAGAAAUAUAACAUGUGGUUACUGCACAGGCGAGCAUGACGCCAAAAACUGCAAAAGCAGGGAAGAUCCAGUAUGUAUAAAUUGUAAAUUGAGCAAGGAGGCUAAUGUAAAUCAUGAGGCGCACGAUACGAAUUGCCCAAAAUAUACAAGAAGACUGCAAUCGUAUAUCAAUAAUACUGAUUAUGGUCCAUAACUUAAUAAUAAAAUUUGGGCAAGCAAAUUUACAGAAUUCAAGAACAGCAACGACUGAAGCAAGACAAUUGGUGGAACAUAAGAGUUUUGGGCUUAUUUCAGGAGCCUUA